AUGGGGAGUGAAAUUUAUUUUAUUGGUGUAGACGUAGGUUCAGGGAGUGUACGAGCAGCACUCGUAGACGAUAAGGGCCAUGUCGUUAGUUCGUCUGUGAACGAAAUUCGAACUUGGACACCAAAGGAUAAUUACUAUGAACAGUCAUCUGAUGAUAUUUGGAACUCUUGCAUAUUUGUUAUCAAGAAUGUGGUGAAAAAUGUAAACAGAGAUAAUAUUAAAGGUAUCGGAUUUGAUGCUACAUGUUCCUUAGUAGCUCUUGAUAAAAAUGGAAAUCCUCUGUCUGUGAGCACAACCAACAAUGAACAGAAUAUAAUUAUGUGGAUGGAUCACCGAGCACAAGCUGAAGCAGACUUUAUCAACAAAACUGACCAUAACAUACUCAAGUAUGUAGGUGGAAAAGUAAGCUUAGAGAUGGAAAUGCCUAAAUUGCUUUGGUUAAAAAGAAAUUUACCAAAUAAAUGGAAAGAAUAUGGGUAUUUCUUUGAUCUUCCAGAUUUUUUGACCUGGAAAGCAACUGGAUCAUUAACUCGUUCACUAUGCUCCUUAGUUUGUAAAUGGAACUAUGAGUGUUCUGUUGAAGGUAGACAAGGUUGGGACAUGAACUUUUUGAGAGAUAUUGGCUUGGAAGAUUUGGCAAAUGAUAAGUUCAGGAAAAUAGGUGACAAAGUAUUAAUGCCUGGGGAAUGCUGUGGUGGAUUAACAGAAGAUGUGGCUAAUAUUCUGGGAUUAAAACCAGGUACUCUUGUUGCCACGUCUAUAAUAGAUGCACAUGCUGGUGGUCUAGGGAUGAUAGGUAUUCAGAGUGAAGGUAUUGACAAAGAAAUGUCAUCCCGACUUGGUUUGAUCUGUGGUACAUCUACUUGUCAUAUGGCUGUGAACAGAAACGCUAUACUUGUACAGGGUGUAUGGGGUCCAUAUUACAGUGCUAUGGUACCAAGUAUGUGGCUGAAUGAAGCAGGACAAAGUGCUUCAGGAAUGUUACUUGAUUUUAUUAUAUCAAGUCAUCCCGCUGGCACUAAUCUUCUGAAGACCAUGUCUUCUGGAGAUGUUCGCAACCAUUUAAGGAGCUUAUUAUCAGAAAUGGCGCAAGCAAAGGGUUACGAAGAUGUCAGUUACUUGACGAAAGACAUCCAUGUAUGGCCCGAUUUCCAUGGCAACAGGUCUCCUCUUGCCGAUCCGUCGAUGAGAGGCAUGAUUUGUGGUUUGUCAAUAAAUAGCAGUGAAAAUAACUUGGCGAUACUAUAUUUAGCAACAUUGCAAGCACUAUCGUAUGGCACACGACACAUUACAGACGCAUUGAUGGUGGCGGGUUAUGAACCUUUCAAAUCAUUGCUCAUCUGUGGUGGAAUAACAAAAGAUCCACUCUUCGUCCAAAUACAAGCAGAUGCUAUGGGUUUACCAGUUCUGAAGCCACAUGAAAAAGACUCGGUUUUAAUUGGUUCUUCUAUAUUAGGAGCAUGUGCUUCCCAAUACUUUAAAGACGUACAAGAUGCUAUCAAUAAUAUGGGUGGGACGGCCGAUGUCAUUCAGCCCAAUGCAAUCAAGUUUAACAAGGGUGUCAAUAUUGACAAGCAGGUCAAUAUGUCUAAGCGAACAGCGGACGAUGGUGGCAAUGGCAGCAGUCAGCCACCGAUCAAAAAGGUUCAUUUUGAACCCCAUCUUAUUGGCCCUGUGUCUACUUUGGAGGAAAUGGACAUCAAAGUUCUUCAAUUUCAGAAUAAAAAGUUAGCUCAGAGAAUAGAACAACGUCACAGAUGUGAAGCCGAACUCCGUGCUAGAAUUGAGCAACUUGAGAAGCGGCAAACUCAAGAUGAUGCUGUGUUAUGUGUUGUCAAUCGUUACUGGAAUUUGUUGAAUGAAGACAUCAGAGUGACAUUGCAACGCUUCGAUGCUGAAACUGCUGAUGAGUCAGAAAAUAAAAAUGAAAAUGAGGCCACAACAUCAUUUCUUAUGCAAUUAUCAACAUGGGACAAAGAGGAAUUGGAUGCUCAGCUUGCAAACCGCGUCCAGGUGAGCAAGCGAGCAGUUGCUAAAGUACUUCAAGCAUUCGACCGUUUACAGCAGAGAAAUGACAAAAUAUGGCGUGCUAUCAAAGGCGAGAGUGACGAAACUGGCCCAGCACCUUCCUUAGAUGAAGUAGUUCGAGAUACAAAUGAAGAGGUAACGGCAGAGAAUAGACGACUGCAAGCCUUAUGUACCACAUUGCAUGAGAGCCACCAUGCCAUGACAUUGCGUGUAGCGCAGCUGCAGGACGCUGUGAACAGCAGGGACACAGAGAAUGCUGAAUUAAAGAACCAGAUCGACGAUCUACAGUAUGAAUUGCUCAAGGUGCGAUCCCGCAAUGACAAACUAGAAAAUCAUCUAGCAGAAGCUAUUGAAAAGCUGAAGAGUUAUCAUCAAUCAGGUGCAAGUACUGUUCCCAGCACUAGCGGAACCCCGCUCUCGGCGGUCGCUAACGCUAAGCUGGAGGACGUUGCCGCGGAGCUGGAAGAGCAAAGAGAACUCGCCAACAAUCGCUUAGCUGAACUGGACCGUCUGCAUAGACAACAUAGAGAUACACUUAAGGAGGUCGAGAAGCUGAAAAUGGAUAUUCGUCAAUUGCCAGAGUCGGUGAUUGUAGAGACGACAGAGUAUAAAUGCCUCCAGAGUCAAUUCUCAGUGCUGUAUAACGAGUCCAUGCAGAUGAAAACUGCUUUGGACGAAACGCGCCUUCAACUGCAAAACGCCAAGAACUUACAUAUGAGACAGAUUGAAAUGAUGGAGAGUGAAGAGUUGUCUAGACAAAAAACACUGCGAGCUGAGAUGAUACAGUUAGAAGACGUUCUAGGACAGUUGCGGAAAGAGUAUGAGAUGUUGCGCAUAGAGUUCGAACAGAAUCUCGCGGCAAACGAACAGACCGGCCCCAUCAACAGAGAGAUGAGACACCUGAUCACGUCAUUGCAGAAUCACAACCAACAGUUAAAAGGAGAGGUGCAUAGGUACAAGAGGAAGUACAAAGAUUCUAGUCAGGAACUCAAUAAGGUACGCAAGGAGUUAGAAGAAGCGGGUGCACGUGUAUCGCUGUGUGGAGACGCGCCUGAUGAUAAACCUCACGCGUUGAAGAAGGAAGAGCCUGACCCUGAGGGCGAGGAGGGUGCGAGCGCGUGUCCGGACAAGCCGCCCGCCAACAAGGAGCACAGCCGCGCCAAGAUACAGGAGCAGGAGCUCUGCAUCAAGGACCUCAAGCAGCAACUCAAGAAAGCAGUUAAUGAGCAGAAAGAGUUGAAGCUGCUCCUGGACAUGUACAAGGGCGUGAGCAAGGAGCAGCGCGACAAGGUGCAGCUCAUGGCGGCGGAGAGGAAGGCGCGUCAGGAGCUGGAAGACCACCGGCAGAAGGCUAAGAUGGCACAAGUAAAUGAAAGUAAACGCGAGCGUCGCCUAGCAGACGAAGAUGCGUUGCGUAAGAUCAAGCAAUUGGAAGAACAGAAGUAUGAACUUCAGAAGCAGUUGUCUUGUGCCAGGCCCAAUACCGACCCCCUGCACGGUUUCUCAAGGCCAUUCGCUGGAUCACCAGAAGAAGAAGCUCUCCUAAAUGAAAUGGAAGUGACAGGUCAAGCGUUCGAAGACAUGCAGGAGCAAAAUUCGCGGCUCAUUCAACAGCUGCGAGAGAAAGACGACGCCAACUUCAAGCUUAUGUCCGAACGCAUCAAGGCUAACUCAUUACACAAACUGCUCAGAGAAGAGAAGCAACUACUACAAGAGCAGGUUUUAACUCGUGAUCAGCAAAUAGAAUCGAUGGGCGCGGUGGCUCGUCGCUUAGAGGAGAAAGAACGCUUGCUCCAAGCGACGCUGUCGGCCGUCGAGAAAGAGUUGCUCCUCCGGCAACAAGCGAUGGAAAUGCACAAACGGAAGGCUAUCGAGUCCGCUCAGUCCGCAGCUGACCUUAAAUUACAUUUAGAGAAAUACCAUGCGCAAAUGAAGGAGGCGCAGCAAGUUGUGGCUGAAAAGACGAGUGCAUUAGAAGCAGAAGCAUACAAAACAAAAAGACUACACGAGGAGUUAGCUAUCCUGCGUCGGAAGGCGGAACGAAUGAAGAAGAUGGAACAGGCCGGUAGUAGUAUGGAUGAAGUCCUUCUUGAAGAGAUACGGGAAUAUAAAGAGACACUCACAUGCCCCUCGUGCAAGGUAAAGCGCAAAGACGCGGUACUAACGAAAUGCUUCCACGUGUUUUGUUGGGAUUGUCUGCGCACGCGCUACGAGACGAGACAGCGCAAGUGUCCCAAGUGCAACGGUGCCUUCGGCGCCAACGACUACCACCGGCUCUACCUCUCUACCUAG